AACACUUUUCUCAGGAUGAAGCCUACUGUAGCUGCAAUCAUUCUAACUGUUUGGAUUUGCAUCUUCUCUCCAUCUCCAUCAACUUGUCAAGAUCCCGUGCCAGAUGUUGUAGCAGUUCCUGUGGAGGAUCCUUUGGUCGAUCCAAUAAUAGAUCCUAUCGUAGAUCCUAUAGUAGAUCCAAUAGUAGAUCCUAUAGUAGAUCCUAUAGUGGAUGACAUAGUAGAGCCCAUAGUAGAACCAAUAGUGGAUUCUAUAGAGGAACCUAUAGCUGAUGCUAUAGCAGAACCAGGAGAUAUACCGAUCGACUCGGUAGUAAUAGAACCCAUCGAACCGAUCAUUGCUAUUGACCCAACAGAAUCCAAUCCGGAGGAAUGUUUUGGACCGAAUGAGGAAUACUCAGAGUGUGGUACGGCUUGUCCGGAAAGCUGUGAUAGCAGACCGCAGGCUUGUAUAAUGAUGUGUAUGAGUGGAUGCUUCUGCAAGGAAGGUUUUGUUCGGGAUGCCAACGGAAUAUGCAUUGAUCGCUACGAUUGCCCACAAAUGUAUUACCGUAUCCUCUAUUACUACUAUCCCAUCCGUGACUAUUUUUGGGGCUGGUAUAAUUGCUGGUAAACCUUCGUAAAUUUCAUGGAACAGACUUACU